AGAAGGGGAGGGAGGAGAGCGAUGGCCUGGGAUGGAGCAGAUACAAGAAAAAUGAGAACGAGGGCGAAACUGACGCUGGAGAACUACAUUGAUUUCUAUGAAAAUCCCCAAAAUUACGAUAUUCUCACCAUCCAUCUCCUCAAUCAGAUCAUCGCCAUGCAUGGAUUCAUCAAACUUCACAACCGUCCCAAGAAAGAGCUGGUGGAUGCGAUGAACUCGAUCGAUGCGCUGCUGCCGCCGCUGCGAUCGACUCUGAAAGAGAACAUAUCUUCCUGCGCUUUCCUCACGCUGGAGCAGGUGAACGAAGAUCUCGCCAAGCUGGAAUGGCAGGAAUGCCCCGUUCAGUCCAUCGAGACGCUGAAAUCCGUAGAGGAGAAUCUGCUGGCGGACGAUCCUUACGUCAUCUGCGGGUCGUCGACAUCCAAUCCCGGCUGUCUCCAGCCGUCGAUUGUGGGGCCCUAUCAGGGAAAGGCCAAGAGACCGAGAUCGAGGAAGAGGAAGCAAAAGGACAUGAAAACGGUUAUCGCUGAUUCACCAGCUGGUGCAGCUACAACCGUUAAUGUUUUUGAUGUUUUUCCUGGAGACGCUGCUCCUUCAUCCUGUCCGUCGAUCGGAUACUGAAGGAAAAAGGGUAAAAAAGGAACAGCUGGUUUUUUUUUUUUGUUCGUUUGCAGAUAUCUUAGAAUCACGAUCGUUGAUGGCCUGCGUUCCUCGCAUCUCAGCCGUUCGUGUCUGCUCGUUCCUUACGUUUCGUUGA